AUGUGGCUUCUCCUACUUAUAAUUCUACUGUGUAAUGACUUGGUCAUCAUUGGUUUUUCUCCUGAUACAAGUGAUUUUGAUGCUUAUGAUCUUAAAAUAGCUGCUAACGAUGUUCUUUUUGUUCAAGCAUAUGGUGAUGGAAAAACAUUUCAUGUUCAAUUUGCUCCAUAUAAUUAUACAUUUGAUUCACCGUCAUGUUCCAUGGAUUAUGAUGACUCAGCGCAUUAUGUUUAUUCAGUAGGUGUAGGACAACAACAAACUACAACUCUCAAUCCUUACUUUUAUUUUGCUGGUGAAGUUGUAUCUAGUGUUUCGUCAGGUACGGAUACGUCAGGAAAUAAUUAG